UCGUUUGUGUUCCAGAGAGUUCCUUCGUUUCGCCUGCGGAAAUGGCAGGCAGAAAUCCACCGGAUUCAUUCAUGGAAGAAGGAAGGUUGACAGGCUCGUUGAAGGACUACGUCGUCGGCUCCGUGCCCACUGUCUACUACAUUCCAGAAUACAUAACUGCUACGGAAGAAGAACAGCUUUUGAAUAAUAUUUACAGAGCUCCAAUUUCCAAGUGGAAAACAUUGAAGAACAGGCGGCUGCAGAAUUGGGGAGGUGUUGUGCACGAAAAGGGUCUUCUUCCCCAAGAUUUGCCACGUUGGCUCAAAGAGGUCACACAAAGGAUAUGUGAGGAAUCGAACUUGUUUCCUAAAGCUAUUAAUCACGUGCUCAUCAAUGAAUAUCUCCCUGACCAAGGAAUUAUGCCGCACCAGGAUGGACCUGCAUAUGUGCCAGUGGUGGCAAUCCUCUCUCUCGGAUCGCCUGUGGUGAUGGACUUUGCUCCCCAUCCUAGUUUUGAAAAUGCUAAGGAAGUAUCAGAAAAUAGCAGGGACAAUUCGACCAAAGUGGAGCAUAUUGAAAUGAGUUCUGGGAAGAAAUUGAGCAAACACCCUCCUUUUUCUGUCGUAUUGAUGCCCCGGAGCUUGUUGAUAUUUAAAGAUACAGUGUAUUCAGACUACUUGCACGGGAUACAGGACUGUAAUACUCAACGAUUUGAUGAGGCUGUAAAUAUUUCCAAGGUUCCAAGAAGUACUGAAGAAGCACAGGCUGUUGAUGGCAUGAAGAGUUAUGGAGAAGCAGACGAUGGCAGCUCGGUGAUUUACAGAACUGACACACGUGUUUCUCUCACGUGCCGGGUGGUGUCCAAGGUUCGCAGACAUUUGAUAAAAUUAUAGAUACUAGCAAUAGAUAUAGACCGCAGUUGGCGUCGAACAUUUUAUAGAGAUAGACAGUCAAGUUGAGCCGAGUAGCAGAGUGUUCAAGCUAAUCUUGCCAACAAAACACGGGCUCAAGUUCGAACGAGUAGUUAAACUUGAACUCAAGCUUGAAUUUGAAUAGAUGUUUAUUAUAAUUAGUCUAA